GCUGGGGAUUGGGUAUUGGGUAUGUCAAAGGAUUGGGUAUUACCCCUGGCUCCACCUCACCCUCCCACUGGAGGGAGAGAUUAUAUAAAUACCCGUAGCGGCAUUAGGCUUCACCAGUGUUACAGCAACCGUGGUUGUUGAAGGAGGUAUAGUGCAGUGUUAUGCAAGAGGAAUAUUCUCAGAUUCUUCUGUGGAUCCAGCGUCUUGGAGUCAUGCGAGCAUUUACCUUAUUCUGCCUACAUAUAUUCCUGUUUUGGAUGAUAGAGUUCCAGUUGUCUACAGCAUUCACUCGCCGGCAAUUCAUGGACUCGGUGAGAGGAAAUCCCGGUCCUUUCCCAUAUCACACCCCUAUUCCACAUGGACCAUAUGUGGUUGGGUGCAUAGAUGUCAUGAUUGGCCGAACGAGGAAAGGAACGCUAAUGCGAGUCUACUACCCAUCAAGGCUCUCAGACCUCCAGAGCCAUUCUGAGCACUGGACACCAUGGUAUCUGGGAAAGGAAUACACGCAUGGCUUGUCAACAUUCAUCGCGCCCUCUAUACCAACCAUUUUCGAUAUUUAUUUCGACUUGCAAAUGCGUAAUAUAGCGACCCCUGCAGUGUGGGGCGCACCUGUGGCUGCCAGAAAGUUUAUGGUAAUUAUAUUUUCCCACGGCCUGAGCGCAAAUCGGUCUAUAUACAGCACUAUUUGCUCGGAGCUCGCCUCGCAGGGAUUUAUUGUGGCAGCGAUCGAACACAGGGACAUGUCAGCGAGCGCGAGUUUUAUAUUAACUCCUUCUGGAGAAAAAGAAUUCAUAGCAUAUGAAUCUGCGGGAAAAAUUAAGGAAUAUAGUUACCGUAAUCAGCAGCUAAAAAUUCGUGUUGCGGAAAGUAUGCUGGCGUUAGAUGCUCUAGAGAAGAUUAAUGAUGGUACAGCAAUAAACGAGCUGGCUUCAGAUUUCAACUUGCACCAGCUGCGGGGUCGUCUUGACCUGUCCCAUCCAGUCAUGGCCGGCCAUUCGUUUGGAGGAGUAACUGCCAUUGCUACACUGGCCAGUGACCAGCGAUUCAAAGUUGGAGUGGCACUGGAUCCAUGGAUGUUCCCCGUCAAGGAUGAACUUCAUGAAAUUAGCGUAAAACUCAGGCAGCCUCUGCUGUGUAUAUCGACAGAGAAGUUUCAAACGCCUGCAAACCUUGAGGCUAUGGCUAAAUUAAACCCCGCCACCACAACAUAUCUCACCAUUAAAGGAACUGUCCACCAAAAUCAAUGUGACACUCCAUUCGUGGUCGGCCACAUCGGGAGAAUACUUAUCGGCGCCACCUCCUCUCUCGACCCCCAUAUAGCAAUGGAUAUCAACAAUAGGUUGAUGUUAAAUUUCAUUUCGAAUCACAUUGGUGAACAGGGUGAGACGGUCAACAAGUAUAUACCUUACCUGGAGACCCACAAAGACAAACUGGUGCCUGGAUUGUACGGCAGGGGAAAAACCAUGUAUGGUUGGGAUCCAGAACGUAAGUCUUUCUGGCUGCCGGGCUUGGUGAAAAACCCCGAGAGUGGAAUCCGACACUAAAGCCAGCAAUAAUACCGGAAGGCAAAGUUGCUAAUUUGUACAUUAAGGUAAUUUGGCUUAUCGAAACGCCAAAAUUUGGCUUUUUUUUUU